GGAAGUGGUACACAAAGGCCACAGUAUCUGACAGAAACCUUACCGUUGGGAACAACCCAAAGAGAACUCUCCCUAUGAUGGUUUCCAACAUGGAUGGAGGGGACUUGUAUGUCAAAAUAAAGAUUUGGGUUACUGGAUAUUGUUAUAACAUAGAAGUUCACUUGAGAAAAACGAAUGAGCCUCUCAAGUACACGGCCUUGAAGGGUACAAGUGUCAUCUAUAUUGUGAAGAUCCCUGUGAAGGACCACUGCAUCUUCUUCUGUGAAGGCAAGCGCCACAGGAAGAGAUAUUGCAAGGCGAAACUGAACAUUGUUAACUUGGCUGUAAAUAAAGUAAAUGACUUUCAUGGAAAUCCACCAAAAAUCCAUCAUCCUGUAUUCUGGAGUUGGACGUUCCAUAUUUAGAUCCUUUCUCAUCUACUUAUGUAGAAAUGAUCUACUCAAGAAGCGAUCCCUGGGGGUCUGGAGAGAUGGCUCAGCAGUUAAGAGCACUGACUGCUCUUCCAGAGGUCCUGAGUUCAAUUCCCAGGAACCACAUGGUGGCUCACAACCAUCUGUAAUGGGAUCCCAUCCUCUGUCCUGAAGACAACUACAGUGCAUUCACAUACAUAAAAUAAAUAAAUAAAACUAAAAUAAAAAACGAUGAAGAAGCAA